GUGUGGAUAGGCAGUUAAUUUCACAGAGAGUAGGAGGUGUGGGACAUCUUUUUUUUUUUUACAGUGGCACAUUAUCUGAAUGAUACUCAUUCUCCUUGACUCUGGACUUCAUGCAACAAGCAGAUGUUAUUUUAAAAUAAGCACAAGCCACCAGAAGAGGCUGAUCUGGGUCCUCUCUUUGGAGGAAAAGUUGGUUGAGAAGCGCUUGUUGGACAAGGAUUAGCUGGAAAGAAAGAUCCAGUAGGAAGAGAAGAGCUGUGGGUUUCUUGGCCUGGCCUCAAAGAAAGCUAUGCCAUGAAAAGGCUCCCGGCCCACUGACACACGGCAAGUUACACAGGGCACCGAUUCUUCUUUGGAGGAGUGGAGGAGAAAAGAGGAAUUCUCUCAUUGUGGGCGUUUGAAGGAUGGCUUCCCAGCUUCAUCAGCUCCGGGUCCUGGUGUGGAAAAACUGGCUAGGUGUCAAAAGGCAGCCGUUUUGGACACUUGUCUUGAUCUUAUGGCCAGUCAUUAUUUUCAUCAUUUUGGCUAUUACUCGGACGAAAUUUCCUCCAACAGCAAAACCAACUUGUUACCUCGCACCUCGAAACCUUCCUAGUACUGGAUUCUUUCCAUUUCUACAAACUCUACUCUGCGACACAGACUCUAAGUGCAAAGAUACCCCCUACGGGCCACAAGAUCUGCUUCGCAGAAAAGGGAUCAAUGAUGGACUGUUUAAAGACAGUGAACUUAUGAAAAAAUCAUCCAACCCAAAGAAGAACAGCAAUUUACCACUGCAGAGCACCCAAGUUCCCGACAGAAGUCAUCCAUCGCUGGCCACAGUAUUUCCCAGUCCAAGUUCUGAUUUGGAAACUACUGGAACAAUAACUUUCAAUGGUAGUCAAGUGCUUGAAUGGAUCCUUGGUUUGGAAAAGCUGAUAAACAAAAAUUCAACCUCAGAAGAUGUACGAAAAGAACUGUGUGAGAGCUAUCCAGGACACAGGGCAGAUUAUACCUUCUCUUGGACCGCUCUAGGAAAAAAUAUUUUAAAUAAAUUUUGCCUUUCCAACAUGACACUUUUAGAGUCUUCUUUCCAGGAAAUAAAAGAACAGUUUUCUCAGGUAUCAGGUGAUCCCACUAACCAGAAGCUGGUGUUUCAGGAUAUGGUCAAAGUGCUGUCCUUCUUUUCAAAAGUGCAGGAGCAGACAGCCCUGUGGCAGCUACUCUCUAGUUUCCCAGAUGUGUUUCAGAAUGACACAUCACCAGGCAAUCUAUUUGAUGUUCUUCGAAAGGCAAAUGGGGUGCUGCUGGCCCUGCAGAAGUUUUAUCCCCGAGUUGAAACUAACGAAGGUUUCAGAACCCUUCAGAAGUCUGUUAAACAUCUGCUCUACACCCUAGACUUCCCUACUCAAGAGUCAUCUGAGAACACAUCCUACGUGUGGGGCGAAGAUGAUGGAUGGACACUGUCCCCAAGUAGUCUGGCUGCACAGCUCCUAAUCCUGGAAAACUUUGAAGAUGCUAUCUUAAAUAUCUCAUCCAAUAGUCCUUACUUUCCUUACUUGGCGUGUGUGAGAAAUGUGACUAACAAUUUGGCCAGGGGAUCACCAGAAAAUCUAAGACUUCUGCAGUCCACAAUUCGAUUUAAAAAAUCUUUUCUUCGAAAUGGUUCCUAUGAGGAUUACUUCCCCUCAGUUCCUGAAGUCCUAAAAUCAAAACUGUCUCAACUUCGAAACUUGACUGAGCUCCUUUGUGAAUCAGAAACUUUCAACUCAAUAGAGAAAGCCUGCUGGCUCUCUAAUACGAGCUUUGGGAAUCUGUGUGAAGACAGUGUGUUUCAUCUGCAACUUCUUGAAGCAGCAGAGCUGGGCACUGACAUCGCAACCAGCUUCCUGUACCAUGACAAUAUUAUAUCUGAAAAACUGAGAAAUUUGCUGACUGGAGACAUAAACAAAAUUAAUUUGAAUAUGGAUCGGUUCCUGGAACAGGCAUUGCAAAUGAAUUACUUGGAAAAUAUCACACAGUUAAUACCAGCCAUUGAGGCCUUGCUGCAUGUCAAUAACAGCGCAGACACUUCCGAGCAGCCAGAUCAGUUAAUAGAAAUGUUUAAAAAUGUUGAUGAACUGAAAGAAGAACUGAAGAGAGCAACAGGGAUGUCCAACACAAGUAUCGACAAGUUGCUAGCUAUCCCUAUCCCAGAUAACAGAGUGGAGAUUAUUUCUCGAGUGUUCUGGUUGUAUUCUUGUGAUGCUAACAGCACCAACCCCAAACUGGAGGAUGCGAUGAUGGAAUUCUGCCGCCUGCCUCUCACAGAGAGGUCCCAUCAGUCUUACCUCAUUGGACUCACUCUUCUGCACUACUUGGACAUUUACAGCUUCACGUACAAGGUGUUUUUCCCUAGGAAAGAUCAAAAGCCAGUAGAAAAGAUGUUUGAACUCUUCAGAAGGCUGAAAGAGAUUCUCAAUCAGAUGGCUUCGGGAACACAUCCGUUGCUAGACAAAAUGAGAUCCCUGAAACAAAUGCACCUCUCCAGAAGUGCUCCAUUAACACAGGAAAUGUACAGAAGCAACAGAAUGAAUACACCCCAAGGAUCAUUUAGUACCAUCUCUCAAGCACUAUGUUCACAAGGAAUUACCACUGAAUAUUUAACUGCUAUGCUGCCCUCUUCCCAGAAGCCAAAAGGCAACCACACCAAGGAUUUCUUGACAUAUAAAUUAAGUAAAAAGCAAGUUGCUGCAAAAUAUGGAAUUCCCUUACAUACUACACCAUUUUGCUUCUCCCUUUAUAAAGACAUCAUUAACAUGCCCGCUGGACCUGUGAUUUGGGCUUUCUUGAAACCAAUGUUGUUGGGAAAGAUUUUAUAUGCACCAUACAACCCAGUCACAAAGGCCAUCAUGGAAAAGUCUAAUGCGACUCUGAGACAGCUGGCAGAAUUAAGAGAAAAAUCUCAAGAGUGGGUGGAUAAGUCACCAAUUGUCAUGAAUUCCUUCUAUCUGAUGAACCAAGCAAUUCCAAUGCUUCAGAAUACUCUAAAAAAUCCCUUUGUGCAAGUGUUUGUAAAGUUCUCCGUGGGACUUGACGCUGUUGAACUACUGAAACAGAUAGAAGAACUUGACACUCUCAGGAUGACAUUAAAAAACAACAUUGACGUCAUUGAUCAGCUUAACACACUGUCUUCUCUGACAGUAAAUAUUUCCUCUUGUGUAUUGUAUGACCGUAUUCAGCCAGCAGAAACCAUAGAUGAAAUGGAGAGAGAAGCUAAAAGGCUCUACAAAAGCAAUGAGCUCUUUGGAAGUGUUAUUUUUAAGCUCCCUUCUAAUAGAAGCUGGCACAGAGGCUAUGACUCUGACAAUGUCUCUCUUCCUCCUGUUGUGAAAUAUACCAUCCGCAUGAGUCUGAAGACUGCCCAGACAACAAGAAGCAUAAGAACCAAGAUUUGGGCUCCGGGUCCCCACAACUCUCCAUCACACAACCAGAUCUAUGGCAGGGCUUUUGUUUAUUUACAGGACAGUAUUGAAAGAGCAAUCAUUGAAUUGCAAACAGGAAGAAAUUCACAGGAAAUAGCUGUCCAGGUUCAAGCAGUUCCUUAUCCCUGCUAUAUGAAAGACAACUUCUUAACCAGUGUCUCUUAUUCUCUUCCAAUUGUACUCAUGGUUGCCUGGGUUGUAUUUAUAGCUGUUUUUGUAAAAAAGCUUGUUUAUGAGAAAGACCUCCGGCUUCAUGAGAGCCUGCUGUCCCCAACAGCAUUCAGCUAUGCGAGCCAAUAUAUUGCACGAUAUGAGGAACAAGGCAUUGGUCUUCAUUGGGAAAAUAUGUACAGCUCCCCAGUCCAGGAUGACACCACAUCAUUUGGCUGGCUAUGCUGUCUGAUCCUAGCUGACUCUUUCAUCUACUUCUUUAUUGCUUGGUACAUCAGGAACGUUUUCCCAGGAACAUAUGGUAUGGCUGCUCCCUGGUAUUUUCCAGUUCUUCCUUCCUAUUGGAAGGAGCGGUUCGGAUGUGCAGAGGUGAAGCGUGAGAAAAGCAACGGCCUUAUGUUUACCAAUAUCAUGAUGCAGAACACCAGCCUAUCUGGCAGUAAGACAAGCCCUGAACACAUGUUUCCCUCCAACAUUGAGCCAGAACCCAAAGAUCUCCCAGCUGGUGUUGCCCUGCAUGGAGUAACAAAGAUCUAUGGUACAAAAGUUGCUGUUGAUAACCUCAAUCUGAACUUUUAUGAAGGCCAUAUUACUUCAUUGCUGGGACCAAAUGGAGCUGGAAAAACUACUACCAUCUCUAUGUUAACUGGGCUGUUUGGUGCCUCAGCUGGUACCAUCUUUGUGUAUGGGAAAGAUAUUAAAACAGACCUCAACACUGUUCGGAAGAACAUGGGAGUGUGCAUGCAGCACGAUGUCUUGUUCAGUUAUCUUACUACUAAGGAACAUCUUCUUCUAUAUGGCUCCAUCAAAGUUCCUCAUUGGACUAAGAAACAGCUCCAUGAAGAAGUAAAAAAGACUUUAAAAGAAACUGGACUGUAUACCCAUCGGCAUAAGAGAGUUGGAACACUGUCAGGAGGAAUGAAGAGGAAAUUAUCUAUCUCCAUUGCUCUUAUUGGUGGAUCAAGGGUUGUGAUUUUGGAUGAACCAUCCACUGGAGUUGACCCAUGUUCACGCCGAAGUAUAUGGGAUGUAAUAUCCAAGAACAAAACUGCCAGAACAAUCAUUCUGUCCACUCACCACUUGGACGAGGCUGAAGUGCUGAGUGACCGUAUUGCCUUCCUGGAGCAGGGUGGGCUCCGAUGCUGUGGGUCGCCAUUUUACCUCAAGGAAGCAUUUGGAGAUGGGUAUCACCUCACACUCACUAAGAAGAAGACUCCAAGUCUAGAUACAAGUACAACAUGUGACACAGUGGCCGUGACAGCAAUGAUCAGAUCCCACCUUCCUGAAGCCUACCUCAAGGAGGACAUUGGAGGAGAGCUUGUUUAUGUGCUUCCUCCAUUUAGUACCAAAGUUUCGGGAGCCUAUCUGUCACUUCUAAGAGCACUGGACCAGGGCAUGGGUGACCUCAACAUAGGGUGCUAUGGCAUUUCAGACACCACUGUCGAAGAGGUCUUUCUGAACUUAACCAAAGAGUCGCAAAAAAAUGGUGGUAUGAGUCUUGAGCACUUAACACAACGGAAAAUUGGGAAUUCCAAUACCAAGGGCAUCUCAACUCCUGAUGACUUAUCCGUGAGCAGUAGCAACUUCACAGACAGAGAUGACAAAGUCCUGACCAGUGGAGAGCGGCUGGAUGGUUUUGGACUGUUGCUGAAGAAGAUAGUGGCCAUUCUUAUCAAGCGGUUCCACCACACCCGCAGGAACUGGAAAGGACUCAUUGCACAGGUGGUCCUUCCCAUUGUCUUUGUGAUCACUGCCAUGGGCCUUGGCACACUGCGUGCUUCCAACAACAGUUACCCAGAGAUCGAGAUCUCCCCCUCUCUUUAUGGUGCCUCUGAACAGACAGCCUUCUAUGCGAAUUAUGACCCAAGUACAAAACCUCUGGUCUCAGCAAUGUGGGACUUCCCUGGCAUUGACAACAUUUGUCUGAACAGCAGUGAUUCACGGUGUUUAAAGGAAAAUAGUCUGAACAGCUGGAACACCAGUGGAGAGCCUAUCACUAAUUUUGGUGUUUGCUCCUGCUCAGAAAAUGUCCAGGAAUGUCCUAAGUUUAAUUAUUCACCACCUCAUAGAAGAACCUAUUCUUCCCAAGUGAUUUAUAAUCUUACUGUUACUGGGCGCCACAUGGAAAAUUAUCUGAUAUCAACUGCCAAUAAAUUUUCCCAAAAAAGAUAUGGAGGUUGGAGUUUUGGUCUGCCUCUGACUAACGACCUUCGUUUUGAUGUGACAGCAGUUCCUGCCAAUAGAACACUUGCCAAGGUGUGGUAUGACCCUGAAGGCUAUCACUCUCUUCCAGCUUACCUCAACAGCCUGAAUAAUUUCCUCCUGCGAGUUAACAUGUCAAAGGUUGAUGCCGCCAAGCAUGGGAUCAUCAUGUAUAGCCAGCCUUAUCCAGGCGUGCAAGACCAGGAGCAAGCCACAAUCAGCAGUUUAAUCGAUAUUUUAGUGGCACUGUCCAUCCUGAUGGGCUAUUCUGUCACCACCGCCAGCUUUGUCACCUAUGUUGUAAGGGAACAUCAGACCAAAGCCAAGCAGUUGCAACACAUUUCAGGCAUUGGUGUGACAUGCUAUUGGGUAACAAACUUCAUUUAUGACAUGGUCUUCUACUUAGUCCCUGUAGCAUUUUCAAUUGGUGUCAUUGCAAUAUUCAAGUUACCUGCCUUCUACAGUGAAAGCAACCUGGGUGCUGUAUCUCUCCUUCUUCUGCUGUUUGGAUAUGCAACAUUUUCUUGGAUGUACUUGCUGGCUGGUUUCUUCCAUGAAACAGGGAUGGCCUUCAUCACUUAUGUCUGUGUCAACCUGUUUUUUGGCAUCAAUUCUAUUGUUUCCCUGUCCGUGGUUUACUUUCUUUCCAAGGAAAAGCCUAAUGAUCCGACUUUGGAACUUAUUUCUGAGACCCUCAAGCAAAUUUUCCUGAUUUUCCCACAAUUCUGUUUCGGCUAUGGUUUGAUUGAACUUUCUCAACAACAAUCAGUUCUGGACUUCUUAAAAGCAUAUGGAGUGGAAUACCCACAUGAAACCUUUGAAAUGGAUAAACUAGGGGCAAUGUUUGUGGCUUUGGUUUCUCAGGGAACCAUGUUUUUUUUGUUGCGACUCUUAAUCAAUGAGUGGCUAAUAAAAAAACUCAGGCUCUUCAUCAGAAAAUUUAGUUCUUCGUCUGUAAUGGAGAUAACAGAUGAGGAUGAGGAUGUGCGGGCUGAGAGACUAAGAGUCGAGAGUGGUGCAGCUGAGCUUGAUCUGGUCCAACUCCAUCGUCUCACAAAGACCUACCAACUUAUCCACAAGAAGAUUAUAGCUGUAAACAACAUCAGCAUCGGGAUACCUGCAGGAGAAUGCUUUGGCCUUCUUGGGGUGAAUGGAGCAGGCAAGACCACUAUAUUCAAGAUGCUUACUGGAGACAUUGUUCCUUCAAAUGGAAACAUUCUGAUCAGAAAUAAGACAGGAUCUCUGGGUCAUGUUGACUCUCACAGCUCAUUAGUUGGUUACUGCCCUCAGGAAGAUGCCUUAGAUGAUCUAGUAACUGUGGAAGAACAUUUGUAUUUCUACGCCAGAGUCCAUGGAAUUCCAGAAAAAGAUAUCAAAGAAACUGUUCAUAAACUCCUUAGGAGACUUCACUUGAUGCCCUACAAGGACAGAUCCACCUCUAUGUGCAGUUAUGGAACAAAAAGAAAAUUAUCCACUGCUCUGGCCUUAAUAGGGAAACCUUCCAUUCUACUACUGGAUGAGCCGAGCUCUGGGAUGGAUCCUAAGUCAAAACGGCACCUCUGGAAGAUCAUUUCAGAGGAAGUACAGAACAAGUGUUCCGUCAUCCUCACAUCUCACAGCAUGGAAGAAUGUGAAGCUCUUUGUACCAGGCUGGCCAUUAUGGUGAAUGGAAGAUUCCAGUGCAUUGGAUCUUUGCAGCACAUAAAGAGCAGGUUUGGACGUGGGUUUACUGUGAAGGUUCAUUUAAAGAAUAGCAAAGUGAGCAUGGAGACUCUCACAAGGUUCAUGCAACUGCACUUUCCAAAAACAUAUUUAAAAGAUCAACACCUUAGCAUGCUAGAGUACCAUGUACCAGUCACUGCAGGAGGAGUAGCAAACAUUUUUGAUCUACUAGAAACCAACAAGGCUGCUUUAAAUAUCACAAAUUUCCUAGUGAGUCAGACUACUCUGGAAGAGGUUUUCAUCAACUUUGCCAAAGAUCAAAAGUCCUAUGAAAAUGCUGACACAAGCAGCCAAGGUUCCACUAUAAGUGUGGACUCACAGGAUGACCAGAUGGAGUCUUAGUAGCCACUGCAAACUCGAUUUCAGCAAAUGGCCAAUGGAUGCAUUUUGAAGAAGACAUCACUUCCUCAAAAUCCCUUCAUUUUAAAGUAUCACACUGUAUGGAAAGUUACAUUUGUAUAGAACUUAAGUGUUAUUUUGAACAUAAAGUUUUCUCCCUAAGAUCAGUGAAUGCUGUCACUGCUGAAACAAAUUCCUGUAUACUCAACACUGUGAGCAUGCUAAUGUAUAUGCUGGUGAUUCUUAGGCAAAGAUGAAAAUGCCUCAUGAUGAAUGUCUUAAUUUAUUACUUUCAAUAAAAAGACAGCUUUAAAGGUA